AUGGCACGCUAUGGUGAAGAUGGCUAUUGUGUCUUCGGCAAUUUUUCUGAUUGUUUGAGCGAAUGUGCUCUUGGUCGUAGAGCCAGGGAUCCCAGCUACUAUCCAUCAUGGCUUACUCCCAUCUAUUCCGAAAUUCUGAAUCGUUCAUGGUCAACACCAGUUACCCUGAACUUUUUUGAUGGGCGGACCGUGGUGAUCCGCGAUCAUUACUUUCCGGCUGAUGACCUGUAUUGCAUUGCAAUGGGCUGGUACGACCUACCAUGGGCAACACGUUUCGCUGUGGUGAAGAACCUCACGUUUUUGGAAGAGCUUUCCGAAGAGACCUGCGAGCAAUUGUCCAAGAGCAUUCCGGAUUAUUUCAAUAUAUCAAUGCAAGACAUGAUAAAUGAGACAUAUGUGAGUGAAACAUUCAUGAUCAAUUUGGAGAUCGAUUCGGAUGGGACAGGGAAAAUCCCUGAAUGGGUCGUGAAGAACCAGUAUCGCCAUGCAGCUGCCAAAUGUGUCCUAGGAGGGAACCGUGGAGCAUUGUGUGAUAUUGCCAACUGUGCACAACGUGGCUGCUUUGGUGAGGACAAAACUACGCUUCUCUACACGGUGCGAGGUGAAUGCCCGUCGCCGCUGUCUGGAUAA